UCUCAGUUCACAUUUGAUUGCCGACUUGUCGAGACGUGCAAAUGACACUUUCUUGAAUUAAAUUUAAAUAAAAAAAAAUAAUUUCUCUUGAAAAGUUAUUUUGUUUUGUACACAUUAAAAUGAUUUUUUGGAUUUCUUGAAAUAAAAUAAAAUUUUAUAAAAUAAGCGGAAACCUUGUUCCUUGGGAUAAAAAUAAAUAUAAGGCCGCCCAUUAAAAAUUCAAAGAAAAAACGGAAAAACCACCUAAAAAGUAACAAGUGCCAAAAAAAAAAUUAUUAGAAAAAAAAUUAAGUGCAAUUAUAUCUAGUCUACAUGUAUCAAAAUUGAACAUAAAAUAAUAAAUAAUUCAAUUGACCAAUAAAAAAAUAUACACAAAAAACUCACACGCGCUGAUAAUAAUAAAUAAUCAAAAAAAUUCAUUGUCAGUUUCGGUGCUUGGAAACAAGAAAAAAAAAUUGCCGGUCAAAACAAAAAAUUAAAAACAAUAAAAAAAUUAAAUAAAAAAAAUAAAUCCGUGUCAUUUCGUAAAUUUAAAGGAAACUUAGGAGGAAACAGGAGGAAAAAUGCCUGCUUACAUGGAAAUGUUGGUCUCACAGAGUCCCCCGGUAUUCAGUCACAGUCCCCCUGCAGGAUUUUUAGCAGAUUUUGUACAAAGACAAUAUGACUCACCAAGAUUAUAUCGUCCGACAACGCUAUCUCCAAAACCGUUACGCAAGCAAUUUUCGUUGCCAAUCAAAAUGCCCUCGCCCAAAAAGUCAAUUUUGCACACGAGGCCAUCGCUGGAAGACCUGGAAGUGGAUAAAACGAAGAAAACGCGCCACAUUUCGUUCGCCGACGAUCAAGGAUUCGAAUUAACGCACGUAAAAGUGAUGAAUGAAGCAUCGAAUGAGCCGCCACUCUGGAGUUUACAAUUUUUGGCGCAUGUCACACAAGGCGUAAUUAGUCCUGUGCCGACGGAACAAUGGACUAUCGACUUUAGACAACCCGCAUCGGAUUAUCUCGCUUACCGACGUCGUUUGGAGGAAAAUAGCGUCUCCCUUGAAAAUGUGAUAAUCAAGGAGGCGGAAUCUUGCAUCGUUGGCACGGUAAAAGUUAAGAAUUUGUGCUUCGAGAAGGAAGUUUUUGUCCGAUCGUCGUGGGAUAAUUGGAAGAGUCAACAGGAUACGUACUGCACUUUUUCAAAAAUUGGCAGCGGUACCGCAGGAUACACAGUUUUUGAUACAUUUUCCUUCAAAAUCACCCUUCCGCCUCACAGUCGUCACUUGGAGUUUUGCGUUUGCUUCCGCGCCAAUGGCAAAGAGUACUGGGAUAGCAACGACGGCAAAAAUUACAUAAUUACCAAUCGCCAUAAUUCUCCAGUCAUCUCAGACAGCAUUAAAAAUACAAUUAAUUCCGCCAGCGACUUUAACCAAAAAUUACAGCAGCGUCAACGGAAGUUGGGCACGUGUCUUACGCCCUGGUCCAGUAUAAACAACAACACCUGGAGUCCGACCGUUAGCGAGCUUGACGACUCGGCACCUUAUUGUUUCUCACCAAUGAUCGUUUACUGAAGAGACGCAAAAAUUUUUUACAAUAUUUUUCAACAAACAGAGAAAAAAUUUAUUAAAUUAUCCGUAAUUAGCAUGUGUCACUCUCAUCAUCAACAAACCUACAAAAACAAAAAAUCAGAAUUUAAAAAAAAAAUUGUAAAGGGAAAAGUCUUCUUUUUUUUAACAAAACAAGAAGAAAAAUUCUACAAAUAUUGAAAGUGAAAAAAAAACUAUAGUUAUGUGAUAUAAAUGUUUACAAGAAAAAAAAAUCUCUUGAUACAGACCUAAUUACUUGAGAAUGGUCUGAUCCGUAUGUGAAAUUGUGUGUGUUUGUGUUAUUUUAAUUUUUUAAGUUAUUUUUAGUCGAUUUUUUUUUUAUUUUUACAAAAAUUGUUGAAAAAUUGUAGAAAAAAGACAAAAGAUUACUUUUCCCGCAAAAAUUUUAUUAAAUUAAAUAAAAGUGUUUUUUACACAUUUUUUAUUAAAAAAAAUAGAAAAUAAUAAUUAUUAAAGAUCAUUGUUGGCUAAAAGCAUUUAGGAUUCGGAUUUUUGUCUCCUCGAUAUUUGAACAGUGUUUCUCAUUAUGAAACAUUCUUCAAGUAAAAAAAAAUAAAAUUAAUAAGGAAACAUACCUAGUUCCUACGAAUAAUAACUCAAGGAAUCAAGAAAAAAAAAUAAAUUUAAGAAAAAAUAUUUAAUUAAAAACUAUAAACUUUACAUUAAAGUUUUAAGUUUUUUUCUCUUCUCUUUUUAUUAUGAUGACCAUAACAUAAUUACAAAGAAAAAAUCUGAACUAGGUAUAUUAUAAAUAAUCAAUUAGAGGACGUCCAGAUAUGAAAAUAGUGCAAUAAAAAUAAAUUUUAAUCACAUCUCUGCCGAUUUACAUUCAAAUAAUCAUCCUGAAACGUAAAUCGAAGGAAAAUGCAACAAUGAAAUAUAUGAAAAAUAUUAUUUGGAACUAUAAGACUGAAGAAAUGUGUCUGAAAUUUGUUACAAAAAAAAUUCUCAUAAUUCAGACAUUUUUAGACCCAAAAAGUCGAUAAUGUUGAAUCAAAGCUAUAAAUCGCAGAAAAUUUUAAGUUUUAGUAGUAGAAAAAAAUGUAUGUUUAAAAAAAUUUACAUAUUGCGAAAUAUUAAAAAAAAAAAAAAAAAAUGGAACAGAUAUAAUUUUUUUCUAACUUGUAAAUAUUAAUAAAAAAUAUAUAAAAAAUAAACGACCAAGUUUUCC